GUAUUCUAGUCCUUUCAGAUUGAUUUAUCUUGUCAUUUUAAGUAAACAGGACCCAUCCUCUCCCGUUCAACUCAACAUCCACCCAAGUAAACGUGCGACAGGUUGAAUUCACACUAGUUGACGCCAAGGGCAUUCUUAGAGACGAGAAUAAAACAAAAUAAGAUUCAAACGCAAAAUGGAAUCACAGAUAACGAUGAAGAACAGCCAUUCCUCUGCUGUUCCUUCCGCCGCCGCCGCCGCCGCCGCCGACGACGAUGUCGUCACCGUGAUCCCGAACACUUCGAGCAGCAGCCAUAGUAGCGUCGGGAAGACGAGUAGUAACAGCUUACCGGGUUCACUCAGGGCCCUAAACCGAACUUCUUACAAGAUCUCUAAGUCCCUUCCGAGAAACCCUAAUCCCAAUCCCGACCAGGUUACCGAAAAACUUGUUGCUGCUCCGGAGGUGGCGACGAGUGCCAGUGGCAGAUCCUGCGCCGGAGGGCCGCCCUACCAGCCGCAGCCGCCCGUCUACAAUAUCGAUAAGAACGACUUCCGCGACGUCGUCCAGAAGCUCACCGGCUCCCCCGCUCACAGUCAGAUCCGCCAUCCGCCUGCAGAACUGCCUCCGCCGCAUCCGCCUCGUCCUCGUUCGAGCGCUUCCCUCGUGCCCCCGCCCGCAGCCCCAACCUCUCGUCUCCACCGCAUCCGGCCGCCGCCGCUCGCCCAUCUUACCUUUCACCCUCCACCGCCCCCCGUCCCGGUCCUACCGCUGCCUGCCGUGGAUCCAUGGACGCGACCGCCGCUCUCUCCGCUGCCGCCGCUUCCCACAGUCAGCGCCGCAGCCGAGUCACCGAUCUCAGCUUACAUGCGCCAUCUCCGCGGCGGCGGCGCCGGACUUCCUCUCUUUGCUCCAUCCUCUACGGUGGCGCCGAUGCUCCAGCCUCCUAGCUCGCCACUGGGGUUCGGAUGCCUGUUAUCGCCUCAGACGGCCUAUCAGAUGAUGAUGUUACCGAGCCCACCGGGGGUGCAGGUACCAAGCCCCAGGUUGGGGGAUCCCUGAUGACUCCAUUGCCAAAGGUAGCCCAUUUCUUUAUUCUAUAGCAUCACCUUUAUGCGCUAGUCACUGUACUGUGUACAGAAUCGAUGACCUUGAUGUCCAUUAUAUGAAUAUGAAAGCCACCUUCAAAUUAGAUUC